AUGAUCUCAGAUUCGUGUGGCCCAAAUAAGGGUAUACCAUCUCUUAAUAAAAAUGGCGCACAUAUCUAUUUAAUUGGCCAUGCCCUAACUGCCUUCGCUCCUCUCACCAAAUUUUUCGAAUCAGAAGAGGCAAAACCCGGCUCGCUUAUAUUAGAUUUGAUAAAUUACAAUUCAGAUUCCAAAAAUUGGAGCAAAACGAACAGCGAAGUAAAAUAUGAUAAGACAGACGAUGUUGUCGGUUUGCCGUGCAUGCAGGGUCCGACUGCGCAAGGAAUUAGUGGUAUAGUCUUGUAUCUCGUGGAUGCUUGUCAACCACGGAUUCCCAACAAAAUUGUUUACGACUUUCAGGUGAUAGCUUUGGUGAAAGAUAAUUUAUUUUGUAGCCUUCAACAACAAAUUAUCAACGCCGCUAAUAUUACACCCUCCAUAGUGGGAAUAUUGUUCUAUGGUCAGAACGGCCAUGGAGAUGAUAUUCCUGAAGAUUUCAUCAAUGAUGAGAAACACCAUCCUUCGAGCAAACCUGCCUUUUAUGUUAGUACGAGUGUAGCUAGUUAUAUACUGUCAUCCGCCGCAAGUCUUUAUAGCACAAACAUUACUGGGACUCAAAUAUAUGCAACGAUGUUACCAUCACAAUAUGGUGGUACGACAACUUUAGAGGUAGCCUUUAUCAGUGUUCUGUCUACCUUAUUGGGUGCAUUUUGCAUCUCACUGGGAAUACAUUGCGGAGUGUAUCGAUGGAGGCGUGGUAACACGAGAGCGGAACCUUUGGUGAUAACCAACGAAACUUUCCUGGAGAAAAAGGUAUUGGACAGUUUUCCGGUCAAAAAAUUUAAAAAAUCAUGUUGCUCUGAGUGCGUGAAAGAAAAGCCUGAUUGCAUAGAUGUGAACGAUCAUAAUGAUACGGAAGUAGGGUGUAGUGGAGGAGUAAUGAUAGAGAACAUUAACGUAGGAAAUCAAGGUGCUGAGGUAAAUAAUAAAGAGGAGAACAUUGAAAAGAACAAUGACAAUUUCAGGAUAGAUAAAAUAGAUGCAGAUAUUGAGAAAAAGGAGAUUGAGAGAAGGGAUGACAAAGGAUUGGGGGAAAACGUAAAUAAAAACAUCGGUGAUCAGAGCGUAGAAAAAGAAAUAAAUUUAGAAAAGGUCGUUGAAUCAAUAUCAACUGAUGAAGAGGAUACGAAAGACAUAUCACAAAAGACAACGAUAGAUUUUAAUAACACAAGGCCAGUGAACUCUACACCACCGCCGUCCGAAGAAGCGUCGAUAGUGGUCACAAAUAUUAGGGAAACAGAUGAGAGAUCAUUAAUGGAGUAUCAACGGAAUUCCUCCACGAGUAUAGAGCAGCAUAGAAUACAGGGCCCUCAGAUUACCUGUGCCAUAUGUUUAGAUGAUUUUCAAGAGGAUGAUCUGCUGAGAAUAUUACCUUGCGAACAUGAAUAUCAUGUUGGAUGUAUUGACGAAUGGCUCUCAACAAAGUCGACACAGUGUCCGCUUUGCAAAUUCAAUUGCAACCUAUCAGAAGCAUCGGAUUCUCAGAGCGACAAAUGUGAUAACGAUGAGGCAUCCACCUCUAUUGUUGUUUUACCAACAUUAACGACAGAUGAUGUCGAAAUUAACGAUGAGAACGUAAACAACGAUAAUAUUGUUAACAAUAAUGUAAUAGUGACAAUCGAUCCACCAAUAGAUACCCCAUCGAUACAACCAUCGAAUGAUAAUCAAAAUACUGUAUAUGAAUCAAUUUAA